AUGAGAGCCUCCCAGAAAAAAAUUUUCAAGCAGCUUUUUCUCCAGCGUCUGCCCUCCAAUACCCAGGUUGUUCUCGCUUCUACCAGAGAAAAUACAUCCAUUGAAGAACUGGCGGAGCUAGCUGACAAAAUAGCCGAAGUACUGCACAAAUAUCCAACGGUAUCAACGGUGACGCCAGCCGCUCCCAGUACCAAUCCUUUCCGUGCACAAACCAGUUCUUCCGAGAUUUCGGACUUGCGUGCAUUAAUGACGCAGCAAGCUGCUCAAAUAAAGAUCCUCACAACCCAAAUACAGGCCCUAAAGCUUAGUCCCCAGCGUCGAAGCACCAGCCGAUCGCGACGAGAUGGCAGACGGUCUCGAGGUCCCAGUGUUACCCGCAACUCACACGUGUUGGUACCACCGAACAUUCGGAACACAGGCACAAAAAUGUACGGUACCGUGCUCAUUUUCCUCACCCAGUUCGGGAAACGGCACAGCCAGGAAUUGAACGCGACGGAAGUUCCUGGCUCGCACCCACACAGUCGCCUGUUUUUCGUUUGCGAUCGGGUAACAGGCACGCGUUUCCUGGUUGACACCGGUGCGGAAGUCAGCAUCAUCCCUGUCUCCAACACUUCUGGAAAAAGAAAAGAGACAUCAGUCUGUCUUCAGGCAGUCAACCAUUCACCCAUCCCAACCUACGGUGAACAGUCCCUAUCACUGAACGUAGGACUACGCCGCACUUUUCAGUGGGUAUUCGUCGUCGCUAAACUGCCGACCCCUAUCUUAGGAGCCGAUUUCCUGCAUCAUUUCGGUCUCCUGGUAGACAUAAAGAACAGACGACUUGUCGACAGCACCACCAAGCUUACUGUGCGCGGUAUAGCCGCUCGUAUGGCUACAGUCAGCCCAACUGUAUUGCUUACAACAACGACUCGUCACAGUUCCAUCCUGAAGGAAUAUCCGGACGUCGCUCGACCAGUAUUCCACAACCAGCCGAUUAAACACGACGUUACCCACCACAUCAAAACCAGCGGUCCACCUGUUGCUGCAAGGUCCAGAAGACUUUUUGAGCUCGCUGCAUGGAGCUCGCAUCUUUUCAAAAUCGACCUGGUGCGAGCAUACAACCAAAUCCCAGUGGAACCUGCGGACAUCUCAAAGACAGCAGUUACUACACCUUUCGGAAUGUUUGAAUUCCUGCGUAUGCCUUUCGGUUUACGCAACGCGGCACAGACAUUCCAAAGGUUUAUCGACAUGGUGACUAGAGGUUUGCCUUUCGUCUAUGCCUACAUAGACGACAUACUCGUGGCCAGUAACUCGGACGAAGAACAUAACCAACACCUUCACCUACUAUUCGAACGCCUCCGUCAAUUUGGUGUUGUUAUCAACCCUACUAAAUGUUUGUUCGGAGUUGCUUCCCUUCAUUUUCUCGAGCACAUCGUCGAUAAGGAUGGAAUUCGUCCCCUUCCCGAGAAAGUCAAGGCCAUCGUGGAUUUUCCACCACCUACAUCUGUCCGCAAAUUAAAGGAAUAUCUCGGUCUAGCGAAUUUCUAUCGACGGUUCGUACCCCAUCUCGCUGAGAUAGCGCAACCGCUCACGGAUUUGCUACGUCAGCGAACUUGCAAAAAUGCAGAUAUAGCUCUGACCGAAGAUCAACUCGCUUCUUUCGCUGCCCUGAAAAAAGCGUUAUCCAACGCUACCAUGUUGAUUUAUCCAAAACCAGACGCCCCACGAUGUUUACUCGUUAAUGCAUCCGAUUCCGGAGUUGGAGGUGUACUACAGCAGCUUGUUGACGGUAUAUGGCAACCGUUGUCUUUCUUUUCUAAGCGGUUAAAACCCGCGGAAACCAAAUACAGCACAUUCAGUCGGGAAUUAUUAGCGGCAUACCUGGCCGUUAAGCAUUUCCGUCACAUGCUAGAAGGUACCAGUUUUGCCAUAUACACCGACCAUUAG